CUUCAGUCUCUUGCCCUUAUUUAUUGAGGAAUGUACUAUAAGAACCCAGUACAUCAGUCGUGGUGGUUAUCGGGUCCAUAAACCCCAUAGGAAUUAUGAAAUCUAGAUUUACUAUUAAUAUUUGAUGAUCACCUAAUUAGCACUUCAUUCUCAUGACGUUAUUUAUUGAGAAACGUGCUGUAAGAACUCAGUCCAUCAGGCAUAGUGGUUUUCAGAUCCAUAUUCUAGUGAGCCAUGUUACUGUGAGCAUCGUGCGUGUGAGCUCUGUGAAUUUUCUGUGAUUUAUACAGAUUUAUAUGGAAUUUUAACAGUUGUGUUGAAAAAAUAUCUUCGUAAGUGACUUUUUAAGUGAUCGGCUCAACCAGUGUUACCAGUUCAUUGAAUAUGAGUAAAACACGAAGCACUAGUGUAUCAGUGAGUAAUAUUGAUGAAAACACGAUGAAAAUAAUUGUUAACAAGCUGUCUUCAAAGAUAACUAACAAGAUAGAUGCACAAUUGGAGAUACUAGGCAAGCAAAUUGAAAAAAUGGAUCAGUUAACACAUUCUAACAAAAGAGAAAUCGCAUUUGUUAAUAGUAAAUUAGAUGUGUUAGAUCAGCGAAGUAGGAGUAACACGUUGAGGCUCGUAGGAAUGAAAGAAGAGACAGACGAAAAUCUACCCGCCAAGGUUCUUCACAUAUUUAAUGAGGAACUGAAAAUUAAAUGCACAUUGGGUGAUCUCAAUAAAACAUUUCGAAGUGGCAAGUUCAUUGAGAACAGCACCAAAGCCAGAACUGUCAUUAUUGAAUUUGUUUCUUAUCUGAAACGAAAUGAAAUAUAUAAGUCUAGAAGUAACUUAAAAGGAACAGAUUUAUAUUUAA